AUGGACCCCGUCGAUCACCUCUUCCACCCCGGCCCAGCUUAUCCGUCCUACCGUCAGUCUUUUCCGCAGAAAACAAACAUAUCCCCGCACGCUGACCCCCGCCCAGCCCACCAGCCCGUCUACAACUUCUACCCCCACCGUCCCUCGCCCCCGCACUCUCCAGCGCCAGUCCCCCUCUUCCACCAGCAGCCACCCCAGGACUCCCACCAGCGCGACCCAGACCAGCCCGUCGACCAGAUACACGACGACCCCCCCAUCGACGAGGAGCCCCUCUAUGUCAACGCGAAGCAGUAUUAUCGCAUCCUCAAACGGCGCGUCGCCCGCGCCCGCAUCGAGGAGUUGCACAGGCUCUCCAAGCAGCGCAAGGUACCCCUCUUCCUCUCCUCAUUAUUUUUCGCGCCCUCAACUCAUCUACGCCAGCCGUACCUCCACGAGUCGCGCCAUAAGCAUGCCAUGCGCCGUCCCCGCGGUCCCGGCGGUCGCUUCCUCACCGCAGAGGAGAUAGCCGCACAAAAGAACCUGCAAGCCGAUGCGGGGCCUUCCAACUCCACAUCCCCGGACGCCGACGAUGAGGACGCCAUCGACGUCGACCGCGACAUUGACAGGGACGUCGACAUGUCCGUCGACAGCCCCAUCGAGCCCCCUAAGCCGCCGACGUUCCAAAUCCAGCAGCUCGAGGAGCAGCGCGUCCAGCCGAAGCUGCAGGCACUCGAGGAGCAGGAUCAUAGCGAGAAGCCGCGCCCUCCGCCAGCCUCGCAGCCAUCUAUUCAACCAUCUAUACAGCCGCGUCCGCAACGUCCGCGCCAGCCGUCCCCGUCUUACAUACAGCCGCAGGCCCAGAUGCAGGCGCAGCAACAGCUUCAAGCGCAGUCACAGAUGCAGGCGCAACACCAAUUACAAGCGCAUGCGCAGAUGCGCGUGCAGCACCCAAUACAGCCUCAGGCUCCGCAGAUGAUUCGGCAGCACUCGCAGACCCGUAUUCAGAUGCAGCCUCAGACACAAAUGCAACCACCAGCGUCGGCGCAUUCACAGACCCAGCAGACGAUUCGCCGGCCGUCUCUGACUCUCCAGCAGCAGCAGCAGCAGUUACCACAGCAUUCCCCCCUCGUGCACUCGCAAGCGCAGCUUCAGCCGCAACAGCAACAACAAUCGCAGCCGAUGCGCUCACCCACAUACGAGCAUCCGCACCAACACCAGCACAUGGGGAUGUUGCACGGCACCAGCCCAACGAACCUCAUGAACGUCAACGCCAACGUUGGCUACCACCAUCCGCUUUCGCCUGCGCCAGUCUCGCCGGUUCCCCAAGAUGGACAUCGUGCGCACGAGCACUCGCGUCACCUCGGAUCUCACCUUCAGCAGGUGUCGUCGGUUCAGCAGAUGCAGGACUCGCCCUCGCAGACGACAUCGCCACAGAUGACGUCCCCGCAGAUCUCACUGCGCGCGCCGUAUGCGGCAAUGCAGAUGCACCAUGUUCCGCACCCGCAUGCUCACGCACGCCAUCAUCAUUCACUCGUUGGUCGGGGGGAGCAAGUUUACCAUGACGUGCCCGGCAGCGAGUAUAGCGGCGGCGCAUCGGGGAGGCGAUAG